CGUGGGUAUCCUAAGCCGUCACACAUCUCCUUCGAGCGUCCUACGAGGCAGGCUAAUCAUAUCCUGUUCCUUUUCUUCUCGUCCGAAUCUUCUUCUUCUUUACAAAGAUUUCCCGAAGUCACGAUGGCUCUCAAAGCUUUGGUGGUGAUUGCCCUCCUGGCCAUGAUGGGAGUGGCCAACUGUCAGGUCGGCUACGAAUUACCUGUGCCCAGCAACACCAAUGGCGCCCCUGACCUGAAGGCGGAGGAAUCCGUCGUCGUCGAAGACCAAGAAGACCCCCUGGCUGUCCUGGCCGCCCUUAUCCCAGGGGGCGGCGUCCCUGGGGAAGAUUACCCCAUCCUGUCGUCAGUCCCUGACACCGGAUUCAAAUGCGAAGACCAGGAGUUCCCAGGUUACUACGCUGACACUGCUGACGAAGCCAAGUGUCAGGUCUUCCACAUCUGCCAGUUCGACGGCCACCAGGACUCCUUCCUCUGCCCCAACGGCACCGUCUUCAACCAGCAGUACUUCGUCUGCGACUGGUGGUUCAACGUGGACUGCGCCGCCUCUGGGGACUUCGUCAGACUGAACGCCGACAUCGGGAAGGUGAUGGAGGAGUUGGCUGAUGCGUCAGCCAAGAGCGAAGUCGUGGCCCCAGGGCAGCUGUACGGAGUUCCCGAGGUGCAGGAGACCCCCGCCCCUCCUCCCCCUCCCCCAACGACCCCCAGUGGCUUCUACAGCGCCCCCAGCAGGUCUUAAACUGUACGAACUCCCUUUCCACGACUUUUCCCCGGCGUCUUGUGAUAGUGGUUUGUCACUAGGAUGGAAAACCAGAUGAAAUUCUCGUCGUGCUGAUUUUUAUUUUAUUUUUUAGCUUCUUCUUCUUCUUCUUCUUCUUCUUCUUCUUCUUCUUCUUCACUAUAGGAAACGAAUUAGUCUGUCUCUCACAGCGUUUUCGAUCCCGAAAAUGAUUUACUUGUAUAUUUAUUUACGAGCAUCGAAUAAAAGUACCUCAAGCAUA